GUAGAUGAUAACAUUUGGAGCAUUACACUCACUGCAGUCCCUCACAUGCUGGAACAAAGCUUAACAUAUGUUCACUGAACAAGACCUCACUGCAAUAAUACUCGUAUCUGGAUCCGAAGAGUGCCAUUUUAAGUUCUGUACUGGAUGGAGCCAAUUUGUGCCACAGGGGUCGCUGCUCGUUUGAGGAGUGAAUGGGAUAGAAAUGAGGGAUUGGGUCAGAACAAUAUGGCCCUGAAGUUCUUGGGCCAAGAUUUUGAAACCUUACGUGCCCACUGCCUUCAGAGCGGAUGCCUGUAUGAGGACGAAACAUUUCCAGCCCAGCAGUCUUCUUUAGGAUUCAAGGAGUUGGGCCCCAGCUCUGGAAAAACCAAAGGUGUUCGCUGGAUGCGGCCCACGGAGUUCUGCACUGACCCACACUUUAUUGUAGAUGGGGCCACACGCACAGACAUCUGCCAAGGAGCUCUAGGUGAUUGUUGGCUGCUGGCAGCCAUCGCAUGCCUUACCCUCAAUGAACCCUUGCUGCAUCGGGUAGUGCCUCAUGGACAGAGCUUCCAUCAGCAAUAUGCAGGAAUUUUUCAUUUCCAGUUUUGGCAGUUUGGGGACUGGGUGGAUGUGGUAAUUGACGACCGGCUGCCUGUCAGAGAUGGGAAACUGCUUUUCGUCCACUCAGCUGAGGGAGCGGAGUUCUGGAGCGCCCUGGUGGAGAAGGCAUAUGCAAAGCUGAACGGCUGCUAUGAGGCCCUAUCUGGAGGCUGCACGUCUGAGGGCUUUGAGGACUUCACCGGUGGAGUGACGGAGAUGUAUGAACUGAAAAAAGCUCCACCCAACCUCUUCAGCAUCAUCAGAAGGGCUGUGGAGAGAGGCUCCCUGAUGGGCUGCUCCAUAGAUAUUACAAGUUUCUUCGACAUGGAGGCAAUCACCUUUAAAAAAUUGGUGAAAGGCCAUGCAUACUCCAUUACUGGAGUGGAAGAGGUAGAGUACAGAAGAAAGCUCACAAAGCUGUUGCGCAUCAGAAACCCUUGGGGGGAGGUGGAGUGGACGGGACCCUGGAGCGAUGAAUCAAGGGAAUGGCGUGAUAUCGACCCGUCUGUAAGGUCCCGUCUGCAUAACUGCCAAGAGGAUGGAGAAUUCUGGAUGGCAUUCAGUGACUUCAUGCGAGAGUUCAGCAGGCUAGAGAUCUGUAACCUGACGCCGGAUGCGCUACAGAGCAGCGAGGUGAAGAAGUGGAGCACAUCCCUGUAUCCUGGUGAGUGGAGAAGAGGAAGCACUGCGGGCGGAUGCAGGAACUAUCCAGCAACAUUUUGGAUCAAUCCCCAGUUUAAAAUAGUCUUGAAGGAACCAGAUACUGAGAGUCAAGAAGAAUGCACUUUUCUAGUGGCCUUGAUGCAGAAGAAUCGCCGGAAGUUACGUCAGGAGGGAAAAGACAUGGAAACCAUUGGAUUUGCGGUUUAUGAGGUCCCUGAAGAGUAUCUGGGCCGGGUGGGUGUGCAUCUGAAGCGUGAUUUCUUCCUCACCCACACGUCCAGCGCUCGUUCUGAGCUCUUCAUCAACCUUCGAGAGGUAAGCUCACGUUUCUGCCUGCCAGCGGGGGAAUAUAUCAUCGUCCCCUCCACCUUUGAGCCCCAGAAAGAAGGAGACUUUGUGCUGAGGGUCUUCUCGGAAAAGGCUGCUGACUCUCAGGAGUUAGAUGAUGAAAUUUCAGCAGAUGUACCUGAGGAGCCCGCGCUCCAGGAGAGCGACAUUGACGAGGGCUUCAAGGCGCUUUUCGCAAAGCUGGCAGGGCCGGAAAUGGAAAUCAAUGUGUCAAAACUCCAGAUGAUCCUGAACCGAGUUGUUGGCAAACAUAAAGAUAUAAAGACAGAUGGAUUUGACAAAGAGGCCUGUCGAUGCAUGAUAAAUCUUAUGGAUACAACUGGCACUGGAAAGCUGGGACUGACAGACUUCCAUGUGCUCUGGGAGAAGACCAAACGAUAUCUUGCAGUGUUUAGGAAAUUUGACUUGGACAAGUCUGGCACAAUGAGCUCUUAUGAAAUGCGUCUGGCGCUGGAAUCAGCAGGCUUCAAGCUGACCAACAACUUGUUCCAGCUGAUAAUCCUACGCUACGCCAAGCCGGAUCUCAACGUGGACUUUGACAGCUUUGUGUCUUGUCUGAUCCGCCUGGAGACUAUGUUCAAAACUUUUAAAACAAUGGACACUGAUGAAGAUGGAUUGGUAACCUUCAGCUUCACACAGGUUUGUCUUAACUGCUCAUUAAUAAUUAAAAAAAAUUCAAUAGCAAAUGCUUUCUUGCAACAUUUUGUUUUCUUCCUUUCUUCUUAGUGGAUCACCCUCACUAUGUUUGCUUAGAUGGAUGUGCUCUUCCUCAGUCCUUACUUCCUCUUCUUUGCUACGUGCUUCCUGUAAGCUCGGUAGUAUUCACGAAGUGGGUAAAAGACUGACUAUAACAAACUCAUACUAUCAGCUAUAAGAUACGAUGGAUGCAGAUCUCAUUCAGCAUGGAAGCAAACAUCGAGAUGAAUAAGCCAACAGAAUAUACUCAGUAAAAGCAGAGUUUGUUUACACUACCAUUUAAAGGUUUGGGGCCAGAAACAUUUUUUUGAAAUAAGUUAAUACUUCUGUUCAGAAAUGAUGCCUAAACCGAUCAAAAGAGAGUCUUCGAAGAAUACUGCAAACAAUUUUCAACAUUCGUAAUAGUGUCAAAUGAUUAAUUGCAAUUAAUCGCACCCAAAAAAAAAGUUUUCAUUUACAUAAUAUAUGUAUGUGUACCGUUUAUUAUGUAUGCGAAAACACAGAAAAUCAAACCUGAUCCACAUUUCUUUUAUGAUGGCAGUGCGUAAACGUGAUCGGUCAUUUUUUAACGUGCAAAAAUUAUGGACAAAAUGUGCAUUGGCCCUAAGAAAGAUUUCUAAUCGCUACUGAAAAUUCAGAUUGAAAAAAAUAGAGUUCUUUCAGAUUGUAAUAAUAUUUCACAUUAUCUAUGAAGCAUGGAUUUUUUUUUUUUUUCUGACCCCAAACUUUUAAACAGCAGAGUAUAUAAAGUUUACAUGCAUGCAAACAGUAUUUUGACAAAAAAAAGUAUGUGAGCCCAAGAACAGUUCAACGUCACUGCACUGCAGAAAAAUACUGUGAAAUAGAGAAAGAUUGAACUGACCAUUCUCUAAGCUCCGCCACUGUUAGUUAUUAAAGAUUAGAAGAUUUGAAAAGUUGGGAAAACUACUAUGCACGCCCUUUUUGGGUUACCAUAUCACUAAUAUUACCAGUAGCCCUGGGUUAUUAAAAAAAAUCUAAACAUUUUCAUAGACAUACAGAUAAUAUGAAGAAGUCGCUAAGGCAGGAUUGGUCAGUAUCAAGGCUUAUCAAAGAGUGCUGAGAUCAUCUCCUGUGACCUUUCACCCUUGUGCCUUGUUUACUUUCAAGUGUGCUUUAAAAGUAAUCUUACUUACCGCAUUGCCUUUAACUGACCGUUUAUGCAAUGAUUGCCGAUAUUUAUCAAAAUAAAGCCUCAAUUGCGCUAUAAAGUGUGUGAUUGUUACAUCAAGAAUAAAUCAUUUUUUUCAUAUAAAUAUACAUGACUACCACAAGAAACAUCAGGAACGUCUCUUACAUCCAAACUAUAUGACCUGGCGCACUAGGCCUUGCAGCUGUCAAUCAAACUCUCCAGUCACUAGCCAUUUAAAGGUACAGAGGUAUUACCUGUGAGGACACGCCUCCCUCAGUCCUGAUCUAAGCUACAGGAAGCACCGGCUCUUUGGCCAGCGCAAGCUUCUCGGAAAGAUCUCCGUUCCAGGCAGCUCUGUGGAGAAGCCUAACUGCUGCUA